AUGUCUGCUCUGGAUGUCCUCCAAGCCGCGCAGCUCCACUUCGAAACACCGACAGGCCCGCAAAUGCUCAAGUACAAUAUCAGCCAGCCGGUAAAUGUGACCUGGAGGUCGCCACAUGAUUAUACAACAGUUGAAGUAUGGCAAGGACCCUUCAGCAAUGGCGCUUACUCAACAAACCUCCUCGUUGCAAAUGCGACGCAGGAUCAGAACAGCCUUCUGUGGAAUACCACAUCAAUAAGCGGAUCAGAUUUGAGCGCACCAUUCUUCUUCCGAUUACAAAAUGGCGACGCACCCAACACAUGCGAAUUCUGCACGAGCGAGAGCGCCGCUUUUCGCGUGUCUGAUCCGGCCGUGUUGCCCACUACCUCUUCCUCAACAAAUACUGCAAGCACAACUCCGGCUUCUGGUACAGCCUCCGCUGUAGCAGCAACCGCAUCCUCAUUGAGUACCGCGGCGACUUCCAACAGCUCAGACCACUCUGCCCUUGGUAUAGGACUUGGUGUUGGCUUGGGCAUCGGUCUCGGGCUCAUACUAUUCUUGAUAUUGCUAGGUUUGGUGAUGCUGAAGAGACGGCGGAAGAGGCAGCAAGCACAAGCCAGAAGACAGGAAGCGCUCAAGGCAGAGCCUUCGCUUCGAGACAGUCUUGCUAGUGGCUGGACGAGCAAGCACAGCGAAAAUACCAUGUCUGGCAUGUCCACUUCUGGCAUGUCGUACCACUCCCGAUUCGAAUUUGAGAAACCAGAUGGGUCGAUCAGGGAAGGGUGGGAGCGCCUGUUUGGACCAGAUGGGCGGGUGACAUACCAGAGGAUGCCGACAAGGCCUGGGCAAGCGGUCAUCAGAUAG